UCUUCUUCACAUUUUCUGGAGGAAAGAAGGAAGGAACAACGUCAAAUGUGCAACCGUCUGGUUAAUGCCCAACCAUCUUAGCCACGAGAUUUUAGCUCGUAUGACAGGCAUCAUCCCACCCAUCAGUACCACCUUCCGGCAUGACUUCGAGCUCGGACUCGGAGUCGUUUCGACGUCAACUGGCCAUAUCCGAGCUGCCACAUGGAAUCACUCAAGAGGCCUUAAGAAUGGCCUUCCAAACAUUUGGACCCAUUUCUCAGGUUCACUUGUCCAAACAUCCUGGGAUCGGUUUCGUCACAUUCGAGGAUGAAAUGGCGGCCUUGGAAGCCAUGAAACGAGUCCCAGAGGUCCAAGGAAGCACUGUGAAGGUCCACUUUGCCAUGAGCACGCCUUCGUUGAUGAAGUGGUUUCCAGUGACGGGUCACAAGCGACAAGUGCACUUUCCUCGGGCCUUAUUGAGAACUAGUCGACACAAUUGUCCCGCCAUGAACCCGAACAACUCGUUCAAGCAGUUUCUAAAGAAUCCACAAGCCCACAAUCUGAUGAAGACCGGCAAAAGUCACAAUGCUCAUGUCGGCCAUUCGAAUAAACGGGAUCUGAGACUGGUCACUCAUGUGUCCACGAUUCUGCACGCCCAAAAAAAUUCAACGCCGGUCACAUCGGACAAAUUCGAUCCGGCAGAAGAAAGCCAGUUUCCUCUUGAAUGGUUUCCUCACAUUUUUAGCAAUGUUCUAUGGCGAUUAGACUCGGUAUCAUUGACCCGUAGUCGAUUGGUUUGCCACAAGUGGAACACCUUUAUUCGGGAUUACGUUUUAGAAUCCCGAGGCACUCAAGCGCGUCUUUUGGAUCGGUGGCAACGAUUGGAUUGUCGGGUCACACCCGUGUUUCCGCGAGAUUUCUCGGAUCAAGCUUUAGUGGUUCAGCAAAUCCUGGGCUAUCGAAAUGUGACGUGUUUGAAAUGCGACGAAUUAGAACUUAUCCUGGGUCUCGACAACGGGAACGUAGAAAUCUAUGAUCGGGGCAGUCUCAAAGUGAAGACCAUUUUGGUGGGCAAGGCAUCUCUACCACCCACUCAGGUCGAGAUGAACGCCGAAAUAUUUCUGGUGAUUUACGUCUCUGGUCUAGGAAUGGUGAAGAAUAUUGUUUCUUGUCAGAUUUUCGACCGGAAGACCAAAACCUUUCUGUCAUCCAUCGAUCACAACAAUGGACCCGAGUUUUUAUUCCUGGGGAUUGAUAACAAAUUUUACUCAGGCUCUUCGGACGGGGUGGAUGUCACUGAUCUCAUGAACUACAUUGAACAUGGCGGCAAGAGAGAUUGUACCGAGCGAUUGACCCAUUUUGAAGAGGGAAUGCGUCUAGAUGCCAUGGAUAUUGAUCAUGGAUAUGGAAUGAUCCUCAGCGUCGAAUCCAAUGAGCACGCUUUCUAUCUUGAAGAUCGAGUCAGGAUCAAGUUGCGAUACAUAACGCACGCCUCUGAGAUUAAUGCCAACGACUUUCUGAGCUUGCCCGCUCUAAGUGACUUAGAGAUCGAAGAGGAACGCUUGCUCAAAGCCAUUUGCCUUACGACAGAGUUGCGAUAUCCUCUGGCAUUGUGUGUCUUUUCUAAUACCAAUGGCCACUUUGACCAUUUUCAAUCCAAAGGAGCGCCUUUCGUCUUAAUCCGUGUCUUUGACCUCUUGAAACAACGUUGUUUGCGCACUAUUAUUUUGGACCACAUGUGGAUCAAGGAACGCGCAUUUCUGCCCUAUGAUGAAGAUUCCGGGGUGGUGUGCGUGAAAUUCAAUCAAGAUCACUUAGUGGUGGGUUUCCAAACUGCGGCUGGUCCCCAGGAUGGCGCCUUGUUCGCUUGGAACAUGAACCAGGUUCUUGAUGAAGGGAUCCCUUCCACGGAACUUGAGCUAGUCUCGUUCCAGCCACCCCAAUAUCAUCGUUCCAGUCUGGAGGGCCAUUCAGGUGGAGUUCGUUUGGUUCAUCUAGACAAGUUCCAACUUAUUGCUGUGAAUGCGUGUUCCCAUCAAAUAACGACCAGUUGUAUUGAAAGGGGGGACAAAUCGGUGAAACACAAUGUUCUUGUUCACGACUUCUGGACCUCGAAGCCUUCUAUUACAUGAACCAACCAAAAUCUGACAAUUGAAAUUUAGAAAGACAGCAAUAACGCUAUCUAUAAAGGCCUUAAACUCG